AUGGGGAGGUUUCAUAAGUUUCCUCUCCUAGCUUUACUUUUGUUCUUCGGCCUAAUCGGCUCUCUGACCACUGCCAAUGAAUAUGCAUGUUCUAGUACCGAACAAACCUUUAGUCGUGCCAAUUUUCCUAAGGGUUUUAUUUUUGGUACCGCAACCGCAGCUUUUCAGGUUGAAGGAGCUGUACACGAAGGAUGUAGAGGACCAAGCAUGUGGGACAUAUACACCAAGAAAUUCCCACAUAGAUGUAAUUAUCACAAUGCCGACGUUGCUGUCGAUUUCUACCAUCGUUACAAGGAAGACAUCAAGUUGAUGAAAAAUCUGAACACUGAUGGAUUUAGAUUUUCCAUUGCAUGGCCCAGAAUAUUUCCUCAUGGUAGGAUGGAGAAAGGCAUAAACAAAGCAGGUGUGCAGUAUUACCACGACUUGAUCGACGAGCUCCUAAAAAAUGAAAUAACACCACUAGUAACCGUUUUUCACUGGGAUACACCUCAAGACUUAGAAGAUGAAUAUGGUGGCUUCUUAAGCGACCGCAUAAUAAAGGAUUUUACCGAGUACGCGAACUUCACAUUCCAAGAGUACGGAGACAAAGUGAAGCAUUGGAUCACAUUCAACGAGCCAUGGGUGUUUAGUCGAGCUGGCUACGACAUCGGGAAAAAAGCACCAGGACGUUGUUCUAGUUACAUCAAAGAACAUGGUGAGUUGUGUCAUGAUGGACGGUCAGGAUACGAAGCUUAUAUCGUCAGUCAUAACUUGCUCUUGGCACAUGCCAAUGCUGUUGAAGCCUUUAGGAAAUGCGACAAGUGUCAAGGUGGUAAAAUUGGGAUUGCUCACAGUCCAGCUUGGCAUUUGAAUCCGACCACGUAUGGAGAUUAUCCACAAUCCAUGAAGGAUCAUGUCGGACAUCGACUACCGAAAUUUACUGAGGCACAAAAGGAGAAGUUGAAGAACUCUGCUGAUUUUGUAGGUAUCAAUUACUACACUUCGAUGUUUGCAUUGCACGACGAAGAGCCAAAUCCUUCGCAACCGAGUUGGCAGAGUGAUUCUCUUAUCGAUUACGAACCAAGGUAUGUGGAUAGAUUCAGUGCUUUUGCUAGCAAGCCUGAUGUUGCUAAAGUGGAAUUUUACGCAAAUGGUUUGAGAAGCCUUUUGAAAUACAUAAAAGAUAAAUACGGCAAUCCUGAAAUCAUGAUCACCGAGAAUGGAUACGGAGAGGAUCUAGGCGAGCAAGACACAAAUCUUGUUCUGGCGCUCUCAGAUCAGCACAGACAAUACUAUAUUCAGAAGCAUCUCUUGAGCUUACACCAAGCAAUUUGCGAGGAUAAAGUAAACGUUACAGGGUAUUUUCUUUGGUCUUUGACGGAUACUUUCGAAUGGCAAGAAGGGUACAGCGCGAGAUUCGGGCUUCAUUAUGUCGAUUACAAGAAUAAUUUGACGCGCCAUGAAAAAUUAUCUGCGCAAUGGUACUCGAGUUUUCUCCAACCGAUACCGAAAGAGUUUGAGCUUGAGCACGAUGAGUUGUAG